AUGAAGUCCUUCCUCUCCCUGCUGGCGAUCCUGCCCUUGGCACUUGCCAAACCAACAGUCUAUCUAAUCCGCCACGGCGAAAAGCCCUCGAGCGGCAACGGUCUCAGCACACAAGGAAUGCAAAGAGCCCAAUGCCUCCGCAACGUCUUUGGCGCGUCAUCAAGCUAUAACAUCGAAUACAUCCUCACCCAAGACUACAAGAAGGAUGGCUCUCGCAAACGUCCUUACGAUACUGUCUACCCCCUCUCUCAAGACCUCGGCCUCACAAUCGACCACAAAUGCGACCGAGACGAUCCCGACUGCGUGCGAGACAAAGUCAACGGCUACUCUGGCUCAGGCAACAUUCUGAUCUGUUGGGAGCAUGACGCCUUGACUGAUAUUGUUGAUGCUUUGGGUGAUGACAAUGCGCCUGAUUAUCCGGGUGAUCAUUUCGAUAUCAUAUGGGUGGAUCCACCGAGUUAUGGAGCGAUCACGCAGAUGUAUAGUGAGAUGUGUCCUGGGCUGGAUAGUUAG